GCCAUUCUAGAUGCAGUCGAUCUGAUCCAACGUGCAGAAAUGAUCCUUCAAAAUGCCGAUCAGCUUAACUGUCGGGUAUUCGUGCGGCCUAAAGACAUAGUGAGUGGUUCGCAACGCCUGAAUCUGGCGUUUCUGGCCAACCUCUUUAAUCAAAACUCAGCCCUCGAAACGCCAGCCGAAGUGGACACGAAUGAAGUGGCCGCCGUUGUGGGAGAGACGCGAGAGGAGAAGAGUGAGUGUCUCUGUCUGCCAUUCAGCCUCUGGUCUGCAAGACACUGUCUCUCUCCUGCUUCUCCUUCUCCUUCUCCUUCUCCUCUUUCUUCCCCUCCACCUCAUUCUUCACCUUCUUGUUGGUGCCACUUUUGUCUGCCAGGAAUACAGGCAUUCUCCUUUUCAAAGUCCUCAUCACCCUCCCUUUGCAUCGCUCCUGAUUCCAGUUUGCCACAAUCGAAAUCACUCUCACCUUCAGCAUGGAACUGGAAAUGUCUUGCUACUCACGGAAUGCCACGCGUGCACCAUACCAGACGGAGAAUGCCUAUGGGUGAAUUUACGAAGAGAAAGGGACCACAAAACUUGGGGACGUCAAGAACAUCUUAUCGGAAUUGGAUCAACUCACUGGGGCUUAAACCGACUGUGAACUGUCUGUACACGGAUAUUCAGAAAGGCAUUAUGCUUUUCGACCUUUACGAAAUCAUCAGGCCGAAAUCAGUCGAUUGGUUCCGAGUGCAUUCUAAGCUGUCAAAUGUGGCUGCCAAGGCAAAAUUUCAAGUGCUUGGUUAG